AUGGAUCACCAUUUCUAUGAUUGGUGGUGUAUCAACCUUAUUCAUCCAUUUUUACUGAAUCAAUCUGUUGUUGUUUCAGAUCUUCUCUAUAAGGACUACCAGAGCGACCACAAGUUCACUGUCACUACUUACACUAAUACCGGACUCGUCAUUACUUCAUCAGGAACUAAGAAAGGUGAGUCAUUUUUGGCUGAUGUUAACACCAAGCUGACAAACAAGAACAUCACCACUGACAUAAAAGUGGACACAAACUCCAAUCUUUUCACCACCAUUACCAUUGAUGAACCUGCUCCUGGACUCAAGACAAUCUUUAGCUUUAUUGUUCCUGAUCAGAGAUCUGGAAAGGUAGAACUCCAGUACCUGCAUGAGUAUGCUGGAAUUAGUACUAGUAUUGGAUUGACAGCUAGUCCCAUUGUCAAUUUCUCUGGUGUGGCUGGGAACAAUAUUGUCUCUCUUGGGACUGAUAUUUCUUUUGACACUGCCUCUGGAAACAUUACCAAAUGCAAUGCUGGGUUUAGUUUCUCAAAGUCAGAUCUCAUCACUUCCUUGACAUUGAAUGACAAAGGUGAUGCCCUCGUCGCUUCCUACUAUCAUACAGUGAGCCCAUUGACCAGUACUGCUGUUGGUGCAGAGCUGAAACACAGCUUUUCCAAUAAUGACAACAGUCUCACCAUUGGAACACAACAUGCACUGGACCCACUAACCACGGUGAAGGCUCGGGUAGACAAUUUUGGCAAGGCAAGUGCUCUCAUCCAGCAUGAGUGGCGUCCAAAAUCUCUCUUCACUAUCUCAGGGGAAGUGGACACCAGGGCAAUUGAAAAAAGUGCCAAGAUUGGACUGGCUUUGGCUCUGAAGCCAUGAUUUUACAUGUCUUACAGUUUCAAUGGAAGAACGGGGCUUGUUUCUGUAUGGUGGAGAGCAAUAAGGUAAGUACAAUGACCUUGGCGUAGUAUCUCUUUUUUCCUUUUCCUUGAAUGUUUUGCCCAUUAAUUGUGGUGGCAUUGGUUUCCUUGAACUUUGGUGGUUAUGAUUGAAUUGUAGAUAAUAAUCUCUAGCUGAUUGCACAAAUUGGCAUCAUCAUUUUCCUUAGAUUCUUUAGCGAGUUGUUCUAAGUUCAUUGUAGAUUAAUUGAGCGGAACUUUCCUUAUAGAGUAUGGUUGAAACAUCACUGCUGGUUCA